GUUUUUCAACUUUUCGACGUGUUUUUCAAAAAUCGCAAUCAAAAAUUAUUAUUUGUUCCCGAUAUUGAUUUAAUUUUUGAUAACCUAUUGUACAAAACUACCGAUGACGGGCAAUUGAAGGACAUUUCGGACACUGGAUCUUACCAGGGUGAAGUCGGCAUAUUCUUGCGGGAAUAUAUUUCUAAGCUUAAAUCGCCAAAUGGCCUUAUGCUCAAAAAUUACAGCAACCAACAUUUUGUCACUUUGCUCUCCGAGGAUUCUGUUCAGCCAGGAGAAUUCGAAACUGAUUGGCUGUAUAUUGGGAAUGAAAUAAUUAUUGCCAUCGAAAUUGGACUGUCAGACACAAAACAGCAAACAAAGAACUCAAACUGUUCUACUAUUAGCAAUAAAAUUACCCAAGCUCUCAAAAGAACAAUUCCACAUUUCCAGGCAAUUCUUUUUUCGCUUUUUGCCGCCUCAGAAAAACAAAAAACUGAAAAAGAAAUAGACUUUAUUAUGCGAGUUUUCAAAGUAGUCAUUUUGCUGCCGAACAUAACAUUCUCGCAGUUUCAAAAGGCAAUCGACAAAUUGAAAGCAAAACAGGGUCAAACUAAACUGUUUAAUUUACUGGAAUUCAAUGAACAAUUCUGGUCUACCAAUCUAUUUAUUGUUCUUCAACAAGAUGGACAGAGUGAAUAUGUAUUCAGAAUUGACAAAAAUCUUGCGCUGUGUUCUAUUAAGCGUAGACCUUCUUCUGAUAUCUUGGGUUGCCAUUCCAAUUCUACGAAUUGGACAAACCUAGAAUCUAACGAUUCAAGGCUUUCAAAAACGAACUCAUUCUCAGAUCUGUUCACUUCCAAAUCAAGCAGCCAAUCUGAAAUAUUUCGUGAAAUAUCAGCUUUGAUAACUUUGUCUUCUUUGAAUGCCAUAGAACUUUCACAAGAUAAGCUAUCCAAUCGCGAUGUCGACGAAAGAUACCGAAAAUCUUUCAAAAAUUGGAAGCCAAAGCAAAACAACUUGACUUAUACUGGUCAAGAUUUCAUUCUUAGCCCAGAGCAACAUCGCAUUUUAUCUAAUGCCGAUCUUUCCUUUUUAUUGAUAAGUGGAGAACCAGGAAGUGGAAAAACAUCGUUACUGCUGGCUAAAUGUCAGAUGUUAGCUGAAGAUGACGAUGUAAAAAUUAUUUAUUUUCUUGUGAACCACAGAAAAGUGUCAUUUUUGGAUUUCCUGAAGGGGAUAAUAGAUAAAAAUGGAAGCGAUCUGUUAAAAAAGAAAAUGAUUAUCAUUGCUGUAGAGGAAGAUUACCACACUUCACUCCUCAAAAAUUCAAGGCAAUACAAGAGAGAUCAAAUUGCAAUUGUGAUAGACGAAGUGUACUCCAUGGAAGAAGCCAUAUCAGUUUCAAAGUGUAUGAGACAUUCCAAAAUCAUCUGGGCUGCAGCAGUAGAGGCUGGCCAAGCAGUCAAUAAAGGUGAUUUAGCUAGGCGCCUGUCACAGUUUAAACGGGAAACAUUACACGUAUUGUUCAGAAAUUCACAGCACAUUACUGAAGUUUCACACCAUUUCAUUGAAUCUAACCCUAGUCCAGUUUUUACUGAUAACAAAGAUGUCGUUGCUGGAUGUUACCAAUCCUCUCAACCGGAAAUCAGCUUGGAAUAUUUAAAUUUGGAAAAAGAGAACAUAAUUGAUUCAGCUCCUGCUACUUGUUUUUUGAAUCAGCAUUCAGGGAAAGAUUAUUUAGUUGUUCUCUUCACGAGUAGUAAAAGCAACAAAAAAAAUGGUCACCACGUAAAUUUUGACAAACAAAAUGGGGAGGAAAAGCCAUUCGCUAUUAUCGAUGAUACGAACGUGGAAGCACGUGAAUUACCAUUCACUGGCACUGAGGUCCAAUCAGUUUUGGUUUUGGUCGAGAAUUUUACUUCUCUUGCUGCCAUAAAUCUAGCAAUCACGAGAGCGCAAUUUGAAGUCAUAAUAAUAGCCAGCGAAUCAUUGAAAUCAGACAGAAAAUGGCUCGAUUAUAUCCAGCGUUUGAUCGGCGUCCAGUUGAACUACUGGAAAUUUAUGAGAGGCGAACUAUCUAUUGAUUUUGAUUGGCUGAGCCCCCAUAUACGAAGCGAUGCGGAUUAUCAUUGGCUUCAGAAACGAGUUGAGCGCGAUUGGAAUGAUACCACAUUAUCUCAUCUACUGAAUGUUUAUGACGAGGAAACUCUGCUACCAAUUGCGAUCGCAGCUUCAGCUUGGAAAUUUUUCUACCCCGGAAAAAAUAACUCAUCUGUACUCUCUUCAAAAACCUGUGAGCUAUUGACGUCGAAUGAGCGUCCACUGUUCCUAUUUUUUCACGCAUUAAGAACAAGGGAAACUUCGAAGGUUCUUUUUUCAUUGAAAACUCUCAGGUCCUACAGCGUUGAAAACCUCGAAUCGGAGAUAACUGAUAUGUAUGGGUCCAGAACUCUAUCUUCGGUUUUGAGAAAUGCAAUGAGCUCAUACAUUGAAGAUAUCGACCUGGUUGUAAUGCAUAUUCUGGUUUUGUUAUUCGACAAACAAAUUCGAGCUAAAACUAUAGUAGAUCAAAUAAACUCUUGGAUCAAAUCCAUUGAGGGAUUUCAGGACCUUGAAGACUUACAAACCUUUGAAAUUGAUGAAUGUGCGCGUUUACUUAUCUUGUUACCAACUCUGCAACAAUGUGCAAGUAGUGAACAGUAUGAUAUGAUUGUAACUAGCCAUUUUGGCGGCAAAUGGCUUCUACAGCUAGCCAUAGAAAGUGAGCGAAAUUCAACAGUUUAUAAUUUGGUGCACUUAUUACGAACGAAACAUUACAAGCUUCUUGAAUGGGAAAUGCAGCAUCUCGUCAGCACGCACAGAUCUUUUUCGAAAAUUGCUCCCAAAGAUUCUCUUUAUUUUUCGAGUUUCAUUCAGUUCUACAAAAAAAUUGGUUGGCACCCAGAACCUCUGGAUGUUAACAAAGGGCUGGUUAUUUUUCAUUUCAUCUUGGAAUUCUAUUCGUUUUAUCACACGACAUUAAGAAGUAUCGGAUCACAAUAUGAGCCAUGCAGCUACAGCCUAUUUCCACUGAACAUGAAGACGGAAGACAGAAAUGCGUAUCUGAACUUUCUGAAAAAGUAUGGGUGGAACAAUGGGUUGCUCUUCGACGCCUGCAAGACUGGAAAACAUGAAAAUAUCAGCUGGUCAAUGCGUUUUCUGCUGAACAUUUCCAACCCGAGUCUGCUUUGGGAAAUUGAACCUCUUUCAAUCGGCGAGAACACACUUGUAACUGAGUUAAUGUCGUCAGGUAAAACCGACCAGGACAUCUACCGAGGAUUGUUAGUACUGAUGAAAAACGGCUUACCUUUUGGGCUUCUGUGGGACCACUUCAGUUUGGAAAACUUUACCAUAUCUUGGAUAUUCCAAAGCCAGAUGACAGAAUCCGAGAAACAGAAUUUCAACCGCGAAAUCAAACGAUGUUACUCAAGGAAGAAUUUAUUGAACGAAAUUGUCCUCAGUUAUGAUGCACGUGAUGCAAUUAACAUGUUCAGAUUUAAACAUUACAACAAAACGACAAAUGAAACACUGCCAUCAGAUAGAAACUUAUUGCUUAAAAAGGGUGAAGUACGUUUCCGGUGGUUUGUGGAGUUUUUCACUUGGUACCUGUUCAUAAACUUGACAGAUAUCACUCCCAGAGGAACUAAUGAAGGAAAUUGUAUUCCCAUAAAUUUCAUACUAAAACUCCUGUUUUUAACUGAAACAAACUCUCCUAUGAUGCUCCGGAGCAAAGAUGCUGAAGAUUGUUCGGAAAAGAUUGAAUUGAUUGAAAGAAAAUUGAUUGAAAUUUGCCGAACCAAAGACUUUGAAAAGUUUAAAACUAUUCCCUGUCAGACUGUCACUUUAGAUAGUCUCCAUGAGUACACUAGUCAGCUUGGAUUAAAACACGGUAUUUUAAACGCUGCCUACUCAUUAGAGAAUAUGGAUGUUUUAUUUAGCUGCAUCCGGAAGCUUCUUCAAUUUCCCAAUAUUCUUAAUCUUGAGUUUAAACUUUUCAACAAAAGUUACCCAGUCGUUAGACUCGUUGAAACUCGCGGUGAAAUUAUAGACAAAAAAAUUAGGGCUGUGAUUGACACUUUGUCUGAUUGCAAAGAAGAAAGCCAGCCGAUUUCGUUUUUCUUCGACGCAGAAGCGUUAGCAAGAUGUGUAGAUUAUGGUCUCCGUUGUAACAGCUUCAAUUUCUUGUAUCUGAUACUAUAUCCCGUCUCACAUCUACUCCCAUUUAAACAGUACAUCGGCUAUGAUCCAGACCUAUCUGUAGACGACAAAAUACUCUCACACCAACAAUGCCUCAGCACUAAAUUUUACGAUAGAGGGUUACUUUACCGAGCGUGCGAGACACUGCAGCCUGAUAAUAUCCAAUGGGCUAUUGAUUUCCUGGGAUCAAUAGACAAGUGCUUGGUAGAGGCUGAAAUGACCAAUUACUACAAAAUGGACAAGAAUCGCAGUACACAUGUUAUAAACAUGCUGUUAUCAUUUUGGUAUCGUGAUCAAGCUACAGAAGAAAAUGCAGGUGUAUCAGUCACCCGUCAAAAUUUAAUACAAUCCUCAGAGCAAUUGGUGACGUCUAUUAAAAUUCUUCUCAAAGAAGGUUUCCCUGCAAGUUUGUUACUCACCCAAGUUCAAUUCGAAGAAUUCGGAAACUGCAAUGCGGGAUAUAUUUCGAGGCUGAUCCGAAACAAAUGGACUCACAUUAAAGCUUUCGAGGAACUGAUUCAAAUAACCAGCUAUAAAGGCAGACUCAGUAGUAGUUUUAAUCUUCCGCAUGUAAUUGUAAAAUAAAUGUACAUUAAAUAUAGUCCAACUACUAUGAAAACAAUUUCCCAAAUUGAGAAUAAAAAAUUAACUAACUAAUCAACACUAGAACUAACACUUAUUUGAAAUAUCUAUCUCUAACUAUG